GGGUAAGGGAUACAAAAAGCGGAGCAGUAGUAGCAGCAGCAGCUCGUCAGAUGGCGGCCAUUAUAACCCGAACAAGAUGUACAAGAAACGAGCGAAAUACGAGGCAAAAAUGCGGAAGGCGGGGCACUGUGUUUGUCGCCACUGUCCAGCGGGUGUAAUGGCAUGUCCGGAUAACUUCAUGAGGAGAUACCAUCAUCAUGGAAUGGCUCACGGUGGUCAUUUUCCACCUGCGAUGUAUGGUCCGUCAGGAUCGAUGUGUAACUAUCCACCUGGUGCGGCACCGUAUGUACGACCGGGAAUGAUGCCUUCGAGUCAAGCACAGUACCCAGGGGGGAUGAUGCAAGGUCAACCAUACGGUUCGUAUGGGCCUGCAAUGGCGCCCGGUCAGCCAGGCAUGAUGCCCGGUAUGCCCAGCCAGCCCUAUCCACAGAGUGGAAUGCCUGGACAAAUGGGUCAACCGCCACCUUAUGGCAACGCGCCGGGAAUGCCGCCGUAUUCUGGCAUGCCAGGUCAACCGCCCUUUUAUUAAUCCCCGGAACUAGAACCGGCCUUUUUGCUUGCCAUGCAUCACAUUCAACUGCAGCUCCUGUACGUCCAACACUUCGAAGCCUUUUCAAACCCCGACGCAAUUACUUCGAUCGAACUGACUGCCCUCUUGCCCUCCUCCCCGUUCUGGCUGCGCAUCUGUGAUGAGGCAGAGGCCGCUGCAGCUGGAUAUGCUGGAUUGGGCAUUGUCUUGGGCGGUCGAUCGGGAGCGUCUCUACUUGACUGGAUGUUCACUGAUAAUCGCCUCUCCGCGGCUGGACGCUGUGUUUGUCGUCACUGUCCACAAGGAGUCAUGGCCUGCCAGGACAAUUUCAUGAAGAAAUACCAACAUCAUGGAAUGACUUCCGGCAGUUACGGUGGAGGUGUGAUGUGUGGUCAACCAGGAUCGAAGCCGAAUUAUCCUACUGCCGGGGUGUCGUAUCAACAACCUGGAAUGAUGCCGGCGAAUCCGACACAAUAUCACGGAGGGAUGAUGCCAGGUCAGGGCUCGAUGCCGUAUGGUCAGCCGGGUUCAAUUCCUUAUGGUCAGCCGGGUUCAAUGCCUUACAGUCAGUCAGGUGUAGCGCCAGGUAUGGCGCCAAUGAUGCCCGGCAAUCCAUACCCGCCUGGUGGAAUGCCUGGACAGAUUCGGCCUUAUGGCAACACUCCCGGAAUGCCAGGCCAACCUCCUUUUUAUUGACCACGUCAACGUUCAGUUAAGCUCAAUUUUUUGCACACUGUUGCGUGCCAAACCUUUUCACAUUUCUCUGUUACUUGUAUUCAGAAUGGUUCUUCCAAAAAUGUUUUUCAAAGAGACUUUACUUAUCUUCAUUCCUUCGGACUAUUCCGUUUGUAUUUUGCCAUUUUUUAAUUCUGGGCAACCAUGCUUCACGUGAUUUUUAACCUUUCUGAUUUUGUUUUUCUUCUAGUAGUCG